CUUGGGAAGCAAUUCAGGGCAAUCACUGCAUAGAUCUGGUUACUGUUUUCCAGUUGGGACAAUGAAGAUAUUUAGAAGAGUUCCCAAAGUAACAAGCUUGCAACAGCAUAAAACCCACAAACAAACUGUUGUUUAGGGAGGAAAUCUAUUCUGUAAAAUCUGGAAGAUUUUUCCCUCUGCUCCUCUUCUGAUUCUGAAGCCUGAGCUAUAACCUGUCACGAGCACUGGAGCGUGGACAGGAUUGGAAGCAAAUGGAUCCCACCAGCAGCAGCUGCAUGCGCAGUCCACAACCUCCUGCCGCGCUUUGGGGGUGCCUGCGGACCACCCAUGCCGAUGUCACCACAGCUUCAGGGCUGAACCACUACCCACCAGCACCGUUCUCCUUCCCUCAAAAGUCAGAUUUUGCUACUUACUCUGAUUUCUCAACCUCCUGCCUGGCAGCUGCUCCCCAUAGCUUCCCACGUGAGGAUCGGAUAUUUGUGGAGCAGCACCCCUCUUUCCAGCACUCUGACUGGCAUUUUGCAGCAACUGAGGCCAGAAGACCACUAAACCCCGGACUGGCCUUGGGUUCUGGGGAGUCAGAAGGCAGCAGCCCAAGUCUAGUGAGCGCAGCAGUGGGUAUGAAUGAAGAUGAUGAGGUACCAGUAAACACUACAAAUGAGACUGAGAAAACAUCAUCUGAAAGAAAAAAGGAAAACCCAGAAAACCAGAACUCAAGCAACAAGGCAGAACCAAGCAGCAAGUCACGGAAGGAAAGGACAGCCUUCACAAAGGAGCAGCUACGGGAGCUGGAAGCUGAAUUUGCCCACCACAACUACUUGACGAGGCUCAGGAGAUAUGAAAUAGCUGUGAACCUGGAUCUCACCGAGAGACAGGUCAAAGUAUGGUUUCAGAACAGAAGGAUGAAGUGGAAACGUGUCAAAGGUGGGCAACCAGUGUCCCCACAUGAACAUGACACAGAAGAUGUGGACUCUGCUGCCUCCCCCAGCUCUGACUAGUCCUUGCAGCAGUGGGAGGGGAAUACGGAAGAAACAACUGAUCAGAAAGUGGAUGCAAUGCUGUUCCAGGUCAGCUACACCAUGAGAUGUUCCUGCUUGCAAAAUCCGUAGCCCUGAGUCUUUAAAAGGUGUAUGAUGCUUUAGGUUACAGAGGCAAUUAAAGAUCACAGGGGAAAAAAAAGCCAAAGGAGGGCACGAUUUUGACUUUUGUCUGAAUUAAUUUAACACUCUCUGGUAUUGCCUUACUACUACAGAUGUGUCUUCAGAAUAAAAGCUAACAAAUACUGAAUAUAAAACAGAGGUAAUGUUGUCUAGGCUCUCAAACACUCAGAAAAUACAGGUUGUCAGUCAGCAAGAAGGGUUCAGCAAGUGAUAAUGCAACUAACAGUGUUGUCAUCCAGCCUUUCCCCGGUCACAUCUAUUCACUCUGCAUUUGGGCUUGGCAAGGCACAUUUUCCUUGUGCCUUACUUUAAGAGAAAUAAAUAUUUUGAUAGUCACAGAUUUUUCUUGUAAUAUGAAUUGAACACCUGUAUGGCUAUGCAGUAAGAUUACAAAACAAAAAUUUGAGACCAGAACUAUAUGCACAGAAUCCUGCUUACCAGUUUCAGAAGAGAUGGCUUUCACGUCGACAGCCCGAGGACAGGUGCCUUGUUGUCGGUAGAAGUUUGCAGAGGGAAAUUUCUUCCAAGCUUACUGUAAAUCCUGAAAUUAAAUCGCUCUAUCUCAAUUUCAAAUAUUUUUUCAAAGCAGUCAUUACCAAAUGUCACAGCAGGUACAGCAGAGAUUAAGGCCUCAACGCAAUAGCAAUCAGUAUUUGUUUUCAAUAGUUAACUCCAUUUACCUAAAAGAAAAGUAUUUUUUACUGCUGCAUUUCUUUUGGGUUUAUGGAAUCCCUCUGGAAACCCAUGGUUUUAUUUGUGAAUUCAGGAUUGUCAAGUGAAACAGAAAACAAUGUUAUGUGGAAUGAUUCAACUGAUUUUACUGUCUACAAAUUCUCGUUUCAUUUUUCACUGGAGACAAAACUUUCCCCAAAUAAACAUGUACAUCUGUGUAUUUAAAUUACAUAUAAAAACAUCUGUUAAUCUA